UUCUUUCUCUGACACAUAUGUAACGUUUCUCUAGUCACUAUCUGAAUUAGACUAGACAAUUCCAUGUGAAUUGUCUGUCUUUCUCUCCCUCUUUGCUUCUCUCUUUUGGAUACAUUUUAUCUUCCCAGUUUCUAGACCUUUAGGAAAACUAGGACACUUUCCCAAGGAAACGGCUAUGGAGAGCGGUGGGCCCAAGGUGCUGGAAACAGCCGAGGAGAUCCAGGAGCGGCGCCAGGAGGUGUUGGCCCGGUACUCGAGGUUCAAGGACCUGGUUGCUGAGAGGGGCCAGAAGCUUGAAGAGUCCUACCACUACCAGGUUUUCAGACGGGACGCGGAUGACCUGGAGAAGUGGAUCUUGGAGAAACUCAAGAUCGCAGGAGAUAAGAGCUAUGAAGACCCAACUAACAUACAGGGGAAAUAUCAGAAGCAUGAAUCCUUUGAAGCAGAGGUACAAGCAAAAUCAAGGGUCAUUCCUGAGCUGGAGGAAAUAAGGAAAGUCCGAUUUGCUGAGGGCCAUUUUGCCCACGAGGACACCAAGGUCCAUCUGGAGGAAUUGCGCCGCCUGUGGGAGCUGCUGAUAGAGCUGACUCAGGAGAAGGGCACCUUCCUUCUCCAGGCCCUGAGGCUCCAGCAGUACUUACAGGAGUGUGCCGACAUCCUGGAGUGGAUUGGAGACAAGGAGGCCAUAGUGACAUCCGUAGAGCUGGGUGAAGACUGGGAACGCACAGAGGUUCUGCAUAAGAAGUUUGAAGAGUUCCAAGUAGACCUGGCAGCUCGGAAGGGGAGAGUGGAUGGAGUGAACGAAUAUGCUAAUAAGUGUGCUGAGGAGAACCACCCAGAACUGCCUUUGAUUAAGUCAAAGCAGGACGAGGUGAAUGCCGCCUGGGAGCGUCUCCAUGGUCUUGCUCUCCAGCGACGGAAAACCCUGUCCAACGCUGCAGACCUCCAGCGAUUCAAAAGGGAUGUGACUGAAGCCAUCCAGUGGAUCAAGGAGAAGGAGCCCCAACUCACCUCUGAGGACUAUGGCAAAGACCUCGUUAGCUCCGAGGCACUGUUUCACAGUCACAAGGGACUUGAGCGAAACCUUGCAGUCAUGGAUGACAAGGUGAAGGAAUUAUGUGCCAAAGCAGACAAGCUGAAGCUUUCCCAUCCGGCAGACGCACCUCAGAUCCAGCAGAUGAAAGAGGACUUGGUCUCCAACUGGGAGCACAUCCGUGCCUUGGCUACCAGCAGAUAUGCAAAGCUGCAGGCUUCUUUUUGGUACCAGCGUUUCUUAUCUGACUAUGAUGAACUCUCAGGCUGGAUGACAGAGAAGACUGCACUAAUCAACGCUGACGAGCUGCCCACAGAUGUGGCUGGUGGGGAAGCCCUACUGGACAGGCAUCAGCAGCAUAAGCAUGAGAUUGACUCUUAUGAUGACCGAUUCCAAUCUGCUGAUGAGACUGGUCAAGCCCUGCUGGAUGUCAACCAUGAAGCCUCCAGUGAAAUUUUGGAAAAG